GGGGCGAUCAUCGUGAUCGCGACUGACGUACGUGAUCGAAGGCAUAGGCGAAGAUGAGUGCCAGAGUGUGUGUCACAUCGAGGCAGUUUCGCUCACAAUAGGGAGGUUUUAUUUUGACAGUGCGAUACGCGAGCGGGUAGCGCGAUGUUCAGCACCACGACGCGUCCCUGAGCGAAGCCGAGUAGCGUCGAUUAGCGCGCGUACGUCGCGUAAGAUCAGAAAUAUCGUCGCUCCAGGUCUCAGCCAGUCGGAGACGAGCGGGCGCGCUGUGUGCACCUGCAUGUGUCACUUGUGAGUGCAGUGCGACCAGGGCACGUAGUAGUACCCUACCCUAUCCUACACGCGUAUUCUUACGCACGAGUAAACGCGCGGUGCGCCGUUGUUUGCGACAUUGUUAUUAUUAUUAUUAUUACUAUUGUUAUUAUUAUUAUUAUUGUUGUUGUUGCUGCCACUGCCGUUGCGGUCUUCGUCUUCGUCGUCGUCAUCGUCGCCGCCGCCGCUGUUCCUGUUGCUCCUGUAGCAGACACCGACGACGCUGCCGCUGUCGCCGCUGUUGUUUUCCUCGUACAUCCUCACCACGAGUCACAGUACGUCGCCGGUCGUUGUCGUGGCGGGAGCCCGAUGCGAGGCUGAAGGAAAGAGAGAGACAGAGAGACAGAGCAUCAUCGCCGUCGUCACCGAUGAGUUUGGCCUGCUGUUCGCUGCUGCCUCUCUAACUAAUCGCAAGCGUGUGUGAUGCCCGGGAGCCGCUCCAGCACGGACCCAGAGCACAAGUCACCGCGGGAAAGUGGUGAAGACUCCGAGGAUGAGAGCGAAAUCCUGGAAGAGAGCCCGUGCGGGCGGUGGCUUAAACGCCGGGAAGAGGUAUAUGUAGGUUCAAAAUCUACGUUAGCUGAAGGUUCUAACUUUGGAUCGACAAGAGGAAUUGAAAACGAAGUCACUGAAAUGGAAGUGGAACAGAGAGAUGUUCCUGGAAUUGACUGUGCUUAUCUAGCAAUGGACACAGAGGAGGGUGUGGAAGUAGUGUGGAACGAGGUGCAAUUUUCGGAAAGAAAAAAUUUCAAAGCCCAGGAAGAAAAAAUACAACUCGUUUUUGAGAAUCUCACGCAGUUGGAGCAUCCUAACAUUGUUAAAUUUCAUAGGUAUUGGACAGAUACCCAUAAUGACAAACCCCGAGUUAUAUUUAUAACAGAAUAUAUGUCAUCCGGGUCCCUGAAACAGUUCCUAAAACGAACAAAGCGCAAUGUAAAAAAGUUGCCUCUACAAGCGUGGAAACGGUGGUGUACGCAAAUACUUUCUGCGCUUAGUUAUUUGCAUUCCUGUUCGCCUCCCAUUAUACAUGGAAAUCUUACCUGUGACACUAUAUUUAUUCAACAUAAUGGUCUUGUAAAAAUUGGUUCAGUGGCUCCAGAUGCAAUUCAUCAUCACAUCAAAACAUGUAGGACAAAUAUGAAGAAUACGCAUUUUGUAGCCCCAGAAUAUGGAAAUUCCGUCACACCAGCCAUCGAUAUUUAUUCGUUUGGGAUGUGCGCUCUGGAAAUGGCCGCGCUGGAAAUUCAGGGAAACGGUGAUACGGGUACAAUCGUUACCGAAGAGAACAUCCAGAAGACAAUAGAAUCUUUAGACGAUGUUCAACAAAAAGAUUUUAUUCGUAAAUGUCUUCAGGUGGACCCGCUUAGUAGACCGAGUGCAAGAGAGCUGCUAUUUCAUCCUCUUCUAUUCGAAGUACAUUCUCUCAAGUUGCUCGCAGCGCAUGCCUUGGUCAACUCAGCUACUAACAUUUCGGAAACAAUCACAGACGAAGUGUUACAAAGGCUAUAUGGACCAGACACUGUAGUUGUCGAAGUAAAAUAUCAAGGGAUGUCCCCGCAACAAAUUCGUUUAAGUGAUAUUCCGGUUACGGAAAAAUUAGAAAAAUUUGUUGAAGAUGUAAAGUAUGGAAUAUAUCCAUUGACUGCGUUUAUGGCGAAAUUGCCCCCGCCUGUCCGACCGAGGGCGAUAUCGCCCGAAGUGACAGAAUCGGUUAAAUCGGUUACACCCGAGCCCGUGGACGUGGAGUCUCGAAGAGUAGUUAAUAUGAUGUGUAAUGUUAAGCCUAGAGAAGAUAGUAGUGAAUUACUUAUGACAAUAUUGUUACGAAUGGAUGACAAGAUGAAUAGGCAAUUGACGUGUCCUGUGAGCCAAACAGACACUUCGAUGCUUCUUGCACAGGAACUUGUACAUUUUGGGUUUAUUAAUGAGAACGAUCGUGAUAAAAUAGCCAAUUUAAUCGAAGAGGCAUUGAGGAGAUAUUUCAACAAGCAAAUGGUGACGCCAGGAAUAGUAUCUUUAACUAAUCUUCCUACUCAAACUACUUUAUUGCUGCCCGGUUCGGAAUUCCCAUGUCUGCAACACUUUGACAAUUCCAUGUGCAACGCCACAACAUCCAAUAGUGAUAGUGCAACUAACCUGCUGCCAAAAACCUCAGGUAUAUCCGUGUCAAGUAACAAGACGAAUCAACGUCAUGAUGACGCAGAACCGCCGACAAUCAGCGAGAGCGGCAGUUAACCAUCCAGGAUAACGUCUGAUAACUCAGUUCACUGUGCCACUUUGCACGCUUUAUGUAUAGACUGGCUAUGUAUUUUUAUAUUUAAGUAAACGAAAAGGGAGAAAGAGUGAACGUAAAGG